GGCUCGGGGCCAGGCAGAGCUUCCCCUCGGCGCGGGAGGGGGCCGUGCAGCGCUUCGCCCCCUGGGGUACCCCCCUCCCGGGUGUGGGGAUUUGGCCUUGGGCUUGUCUCGUUUCAGCCACAACUGAGCAGGUGGGCAGGGCAGCUUUGUGGCCCCAACCUGUCCAGUCCCUUGACGGCGGUAGUCCCCCCCCCCAGUCAGGGCUGCUCUCAGCGCUUCCCUUUUGCAGGGUCGCUGCGCCUUCCCCGCCAACUUCGUGACUUGUGGAGAGCCUCCCAGGUGCUGUCAUUGAUCGCUGGCGGGCUGACACGUGCCGCGUGUCUGGAGCUGACCCCAGAGCUGUGAGCGGGGCCCUCGUCUGAACUUCUCCUUGGUACUUCUGACUAAAUCCUCACUGAUAAUGAUGAUCACAAAGAGAAAUGUGUUAGGAGGGAUGUAAAGGAAGAGGAGGUGGGUGACCAGUAGAAGACUAUUCAAGGUGUAAAAGCAGCAGCUUGAAAGAAGGCAUAAAGACAUGAAUAAGAGAAGAAAACAAAGGGAAAGGUUAGGCAACUGACUGUCCUCCUCAGAUGAAGCCUGGAAGGACAGGUGAAUCUUUCAACUUGUCCUGAAUGUCGCCAGCUCCAAGCUCUGGCUAAUCGAGGAAGGAAGCAGCUCCAGAGCAAAAGACCUGCAAUUAGCCUCAUUUAUUUAUUUAUUUUUUAAAUACAUAAUAGUUCAUUCAAACACCUCAGUUUAUUUUAGGUGCUGUAGUAAUAGAUGAAGUAAUCUUUUAUAUAAUGGGACCCAGGCCAUUUACAAGCCCUAAGGGCAAAUCCAAAUAAAACCUGAAACAUCUUACUUUAGCUCUCAGUUACAUUGUGCAGGGAUGUAUUGUGCAGAUUGCUUUUGAAUUUUUACAGUACUUGGUGCAUUCAGAGAAAUUAGAGGACAUGAUUACUAGUUUGGGAUACUAGUAUAGAUAAUUACUGAGGUGGUUUUUAUGAUAAGAUGUUAAUCCUUUAUUGUGCCUUCGUGUUCUGGUGCAAAUUGAGUCCUGAAGUGCUAUAUGUAAGUGAAUGUAUGAAAUUGUUCUCCAGAAAGUGUUCUGGUGUAAAGGUUUUCUAGGCAUAUGUUGGGAGGGUCCUCAUUACUUACGGAUGAGUUAUGCAGAUCACCCCAAGCUUGUCAAUAAACACUUCACAGGGCAUGGCCCCAUCAUGUAUUCUGUGGGCCACAAAUGUUGUAUCAGAGGUGUUAAAGAUAUGGCUUGUGGGCCAGAUUUUGCCUGCAGAGCUGUUUCACCCAGCCCGCAGGGGGUCCUUGAUGGGCUGCAAAUUCAAGGGUAGGGCAAGCGUGACAGGACCCACCACUGACUUUCCAGCUAGAGCCCUUGAUUUGAUGUAUGUUGGCAGAGGGGAAGGUGAGUGUGUGUGGCAUAAGAGAUGGCAGAACUAGUAAAUUGAAACACUCCCCUAAAUGGCCAUCUAAUAGUUUCUGUGGGCCCCAAAUGUCACAGUACUGGGUGUUUUCUUGAAUGCUGGGAGUGAAGUCUUGACCCUCUUGGGAGCCCUGCUGGGAAGCUGGGAGUCUUCCCCUUUCCUAUGCUGUCAAGCUACUCUUCAAGCCCUUUUGGUGUAUGGGUAAUAAAGUUAUGGCACUUCCACUUAUUUUGUGGCCUAGGGUGGAAUCUGAGCCUCAGGCAGGAAUGCAGUACUUGCAGUAGGAAGGCGAAGGAAGCCUUUUUCUGCCAGAUUGUUUGAAACUCCUCUGGGGGUUGUAAUACUAAAAUGUUUCCUGGGGAAACAUAGUGGGGAGAAGAUAGGUCAGGUGGUCAUGGAUAUAUGAUAAAUUACGAAGGCAGGCAUCAGAUGUAUCGCACGUGUAUCAUCACCUCGAUAUGUAUUGUGCAGGUAUAAUGUACAAAAAGAACUUAACUUGAAACGGAACAUGCCAAACUCACAAGACUGUAUUUCAGUACUUUAGGGUUGUUCGUUUGGUUAAUAGUUACCUCUGUCAGUUCAAACAGCCUUGCAUAGUCUACAUUUAGCAUUAGAAAAGCAGCUGCAUAAUGUGUGUACAGCUAAACUUAAUUAAAAGCUACUCUGGAAAAGAAAGAACGGAUUGCCAAAGACUCCAGAGUGGUGGGGAACCAGAAACGAGAAGACAAUCUGCUUCAACUUGAUUCGUCGUCAUUCCAGGAUAGUGGUGUCCUUGGGGUCUCUCCUAAUAUUGAUAUGGUACAGAAGAUUUAAAAUCAGCUGAUGUUCACAAGGAAUAGAGUCACGUGAUGUAUGAAGGCAAACACAUACACUUCUCUGAGGUUGACAAUAAGCCCUUGUGCUCAUACAGCCCCAAACUGUGUAAGCAGAGGCGACUUAACGGCUACGCCUUCUGUAUCAGACACGUUCUGGAGGAUAAGACUGCCCCCUUCAAGCAAUGUGAAUAUGUGGCCAAGUAUAACAGCCAACGCUGCACCAAUCCCAUCCCCAAAUCUGAGGACCGUAGGUACUGCAACAGCCACCUACAGGUACUUGGCUUUAUACCUAAAAAGGAGAGGAAGAAAAAGAAUGAUCCAAUAGAAGAGGUGAAGGUCAGGCACCAGAUGGAUACUAUGGCCUUCAGUCUGACAGUGCCUACACUGGCCUUGAAGAUGCCCAAUGGACUGGAUGGGAUGUCCCUCUCUCCACCAGGGGCUAGGCUUCCUCUUCACUACCUGGAAGCAGAGUUGGACGACCCCUUUGCUUUCAAUGAGGAGGAUGAUGACCUAAAGAAAGGGGCAACGGUGAGGAAAAAGUUGCAGAGCAAGCUGGCCCAAAACCGGCAGCGCCAGAGAGAGACAGAGAUUUUAAAAAUUCGUCAAGAGCACUUUAGCCCCCUUCCUGCACCUUUGCAGCAGCAGCCUCUGCAGCAGCAGCAGCACUCCCAUCUGCCACCUUUGUCAGCUUCUUUAAAGCCUACAGGGCUACCGCAGGGCUUAGUCUGCAAGUCACCUCAACCUCAGAACACCAGCCUACCAAUGCAGGGAGUGGCACCCACCACACACACUAUAGCACAAGCAAGGCAGUUGUCUACCAAGAGACCUCUGCCUCUCCUGCCACCUGCUAGGGCUCCUGUCAUGGACCCACCAAGGACUGAUCGGGUCCUAAUGAAAGCCACAGCCUUCUCUCCGCACUCGUUCUGCAUGAGCCGGCUACAGAGACUGGUGAAACUGUGCACUCGAAAACAGCAGCUGGACACUGAUCUGUUUCCCCAUCUAGGGUUAGACUGGUCUGAAGACAGUGGAGAAGAGUUGGAGGACUCAGAGCAAACUUCGCCAUACCGGGUUGCAUGGUCUAUCCGAGAAACUCUCAGAUAUGAAAAACAUGAGUCAGAUGAUGAUGAUGCAGAUAGCAGGAGUUCCAGGGUGACCCGACUUUGCACUUACUUUCAGCAGAAAUAUAAGCACCUCUGCCGCCUGGAGCGGGCAGAAUCUCGUCAGAAGAAAUGCCGGCAUACACUCCGGAAAGCCUUGCUGCAGGCGGCCAGCAGAGAGCCGGAUAAUGCUGGGCAGCUGAUACAUGAAAUUCGGAGAGCUACAUGUACUCGGACCAGCACAAGCCAAGCCAAGCAGAGAGAUGCAGAACCAACAACAUGUAGUGGAACUGUGAAGGGUGAACAGUGCACUAACAAGGCCCUUCCAUUCACCAGGCAUUGUUUUCAACAUAUCCUAUUGAAUCGUUCUCAGCAGCUCUUCUCAAGUUGCACAGCCAAGUUUGCAGAUGGGCAACAGUGCUCUGUGCCAGUUUUUGACAUUACACAUCAGACACCUUUGUGUGAAGAACAUGCCAAAAAAAUGGACAAUUUUUUGAGAGGGGACAGCUCCCGCAAAGUUCAGCACCAGCAGCAGAGGAAACCCAGGAAAAAAACCAAGCCACCUGCACUUACCAAAAAACACAAAAAGAAGAGAAGGCGGGGACCACGUCGGCCCCAGAAACCCAUUCCUCCUGCAGUGCCCCAAGGGAACCUCAGCAUGCCCACCAGCGUCUCACUGCCAGUAGAGAUCUCUCGCAUACGGAGCCCCUCCACACCAGAGUUGAGUACAGAUGAGCUGCCUGAUGACAUCGCCAAUGAAAUCACAGACAUUCCACAUGACUUGGAAUUGAAUCAGGAGGACUUCUCUGAUGUCCUACCACGGCUGCCUGACGAUUUGCAAGAUUUUGAUUUCUUUGAAGGUAAAAAUGGAGACCUCCUUCCUACUACAGAGGAGGCAGAGGAACUGGAACGAGCCCUGCAGGCUGUAACUUCUCUUGAGUGCCUAAGUACUAUUGGAGUACUUACACAGACAGAUGGUGUGCCAGUUCAGGAGCUAUCAGAUAGAGGGAUAGGGGUGUUCUCCACAGGUGCUGGAGCUCCAGGAAUCCAGUCCUUGAGCCGAGAGGUUAACACGGACCUGGGGGAGCUGUUGAAUGGGCGCAUAGUACAUGAUAAUUUCUCCGGUCUGGAGCUGGAUGAAAACUUGCUCCGUUCUGCUACCUUGUCCAAUCCACCUACGCCCCUGGCAGGGCAGAUCCAGGGGCAAUUCUCUGCCCCAGCCAACGUCGGCCUUACUUCUGCCACUCUGAUAAGCCAGAGUGGACUUGGGGAGAGAGCCUUCCCAGGACAGUUUCAUGGACUUCAUGAUGGCAGCCAUGCCUCCCAGAGGCCACACCCUGCCCAGCUGCUGAGCAAGGCAGAUGACCUAAUCACCUCACGACAGCAAUACAGCAGUGACCAUUCACACUCCUCACCCCAUGGAAGCCAUUACGAUAGUGAGCAUGUGCCGUCUCCCUACAGCGACCAUAUCACAUCCCCCCAUACCACAUCCUAUUCUGGUGAUAACUUGGCAGCUACAUUCUCAGCAGAGAUGCCCAUUAUGGCACAGCACUUGCUCCCAACGCAGCUGGAUGUGCCACUUAGUGGGGUGGUGAACCCCAGAACUCACUGGGGAAAUCUCCCUGUCAAUCUUGGUGAUCCCUCUCCAUUUAGCAACCUUCUUGGUGCAGAUGGACACCUUCUUUCCACUUCCCUUUCCACACCACCUACCACCUCGCACUCAGAGACCACACAGCCUGCCUUCGCCACUGUGACCCCCAACAGCUCCAGUGUGCUUCCGGGGUUACCACAGACCAGUUUUAGUGGCAUGGGUCCUUCCUCUGCUGAACUAAUGGCCUCCACUUCCCCCAAACAGCAACUCCCUCAGUUCAGCGCCGCCUUUGGCCACCAGCUGAGCUCACACAGUGGCAUUCCCAAGGACCUGCAGCCCAGCCACAGCUCCAUAGCUCCUCCCACAGGCUUCACAGUAACAGGUGCCACAGCUACUAGUACCAAUAAUGCAUCUGCUCCCUUCACCACUUCCAACUGAGCUUGUCUGUCUGUAUAUUUGCAGGCAGAUGGGGACCCUGUGUUUUCUAUCUUCUUUCCUCUUUCUUGUCCUCCCCUUUUCCUUUUAAAGAUUUUUUUUUUUUAAAGAGGGUGUUAAAGCUCUGCUUCAGUCCUGACCAGGGUCACCCCUCAGUGAACCUUGCUCUAGUGUUCACAUGUGCUUUUAUGCACUGGUGCUCAUUUACUAUGGGCAGGUUCACCAUUGCCCAAUAAUUUCCUUAAGGAUACAGCACAGUUACUGGAUGUAAUUGAUCUUAGCAGUAAGACCUAGAAAUGGGAAGAUACCUCAGAUAACCAUUGCACGUUACUGUUUCCUAGGGUUCAGAUCAGUGCAUUCCAUCCCAUUAGCACAUCUAGGAAGUUUUCUGUGGGCAGAAGUCACUUUUUUUUUUUAAGGUAGAACAUGGCAUGAAAAAUUGGCUCUGCACUUUGGUUUGAUAACGGUGCACUGAAGCACUACAUCAAGACCAUGGUUCAAUUAUUGACAACUUAAAAAUAGUUUUUUGACUUCCUCUGUGUGCGUGUGUGUGUCUGGGGGGAGCAGUAGUUCCUUUAAAUCUUUGAUGAGGAAGAUAAUUUUCUCCUAAAAUCAGUCUCUGUUCCUACUGCAUGCUGAUUUCCCCCUCCCCUAUUUAAGUAUGUUGAGCAGAGAGGGGAUUGACUGACCAGGGCAAAUCAGCUUUGCCUGUUUUCCCACAGCACUGAGGAUUGUUGCUGUUUACAAAGUUGGCAUAGGGAGAGAACAGAGAAAAAUAGGAUGGAAAUAAUGAUGUAGUCAAGAUUCCCACGCAGAAAUUCCCUCCAUUGCUGAAUUACUGUGGCCUUGUAGUGUGGAUGGUUUGCCUUUUCAAAUAUGACUGUAUCCAGGAGUCCUUGCCUGGCAGGUAUCUCCUAGCUGAAACUGGAAGAAUCCUAUGGUAUAUGCUACCUAUUCAGACAAGUCUAGGUUAAACCCCUUUGGUAAGUUUAAAAUUGAUGAAUUUCUCACACUCUUUUGCUACUGAUACUCCUUCUAUAAUAGUAGUGGUUUUGUACUGGGAGCCAUACAGUUUUUGAGACAUUUGUGAGAUUGUUCUGUAUGGGGAGCCGAAUGUAUGUAGGUACUGGCUGGUGUGUGAGUGAUGAUCACCCCUAACCAAAAGACAACUUAAGCAAAAUAUGGAGAUAAUGUGGAUAGAAAGAAUUUCUUACUAUGUUGCUCUUCUUGCCUGUUUGCUAAAGAUCGUUUUUAGUCUUGCCUCUAAUAACUUGACCUCUUUAUAAAGAGAUGUGGUAGAUUCCUUUUAUAUCUUUUUUUUCCCUAAAGAAUUAAAAAAAUAAAAUCAUGAGGAGUUUACUUGUAUCCGUUAAUCAGAAAAAAAAAGCUUGUGACUUUAUAAGGGUCAAACAAUCUACUCUACUCUGUGACUUGGCUGACUGUAAAAACAACUGCUCAAUAGGUAUAAGAAGUCUCCACUGUUUGGUUUACUUCAAAGAUGCAUAUAAGAGAAGAUAGAAGAGGCAUAUCUUCCUUUCCUGUUGAAGACAGGUUUCAUUAUUUGUUACAAUGUAAGAUUUUUGGCUGCAUAUAGUCUAGCUUAAUUUAUAUGAUAAAAAGAAACAUAGAACACAUCUAAUGGAGAGGAUUAAUAUUUUCUUCAAUCAGGGGAGCAUUGAAUCAAGCUCAUUAUUCCCUAGUGAUGUUGAAUAAUAUGUUUUCCCUCCAUUUGUGGACUCUAUUUUAUGUUAGCAAUCAGGCUCAAACCAAAAUCCCCUACCCAAACAGUCUCCUCCCAAACUUCCUAAGGACAAGGAUUGAAACCUAGCCUACCUCUGGUUUCUAUCCCAGUUAUAGCCAUUCCCUUCUUUUUGACAGCCUUGUCUUUUUUAUUAUUAUUUAUAAAGGAAUAAGGAUGAUGUGUACAUCCCUUGCUGAAACGCUAGUGGAGGGGAAAAUAUGUUUUUGCUUUUGACAUUAUGAAGUCAGUAUUUCCAUAUUUAGUAAAACAGGGCAUGAUAAUAUAUAAUACACCCUAAUAUUCUUAAGUGUGAUUUUAAAUAUGCUUGUAACAGAUGUGAAUGUUUUAAAAUCAUGUAAAAGGUUGAAAUGAAGCCUAAACAAUCCUGCUUGUGAUUGUCAUGCUGGUUGAGGAAUCCCCACUGGUAUUGUGAAAUGAAGCAAAGCUGACUGGAUUUUUUUUUCUGUAUUGCCUUUUUUGCGUGCUGCCCCCCAUACUACUGAGGAAACAGAUAUUUUGUUUGCAGAUGUUUCUCACUGUAUCAUAUACCUUCUUCAAUGUUUGGGAUUACUGGCUGAAAAAGAAGGGCGAACAAACAUGUAGAGGUCAGUUCUUAAAUCUGCCUAUAGUUAUUUUACAGCAUGUUAAAGUGAACCGAUUCAAGUGACUAGUUCCAUGAAAUACUGUUUGUAUUUCAUCAAAAUUUGAUCUGGAACAGCAGCAGCCCUUCUUACUCCACUUUUUCAAACAGUGAAAAACAUGCUUAAAGGCCAGAUUCUCUUUUCAAUUUAUGAUGGUAGGCAUUGUGGAACAUUUUUUAGUCAAAUUUAGUUACUGUGGAUUUACACCAGUGUAACUUAGAACAGAGCCUGGCCUGUAACGCAAUAAUUUGUUUAGGCUGGUAUUUUCAAAACUGCCUAAAGAAAUUAAGAUUAAUAAUUUCUGUUUAAAAUCAGCCAGAAUUAUGUACCCAAAUUCCCUUAAGGCAGCUUAAAGAUCCCCUCCUUAAAUCUCAGUUUCAUGCAUCCCUUGGUGAUUUCUGCCUAAACAUCAACUGCAUAACAUUUUUCAGUGAGCGGAAUAAAUUUGCACUUUUUAAAUAUAGUUUUUCAUUUGCAUGUAUUAGAAUAGAGAUCCGUGUGUAUUUUUCCUGAAAUGGUCAAGAUUGUUGUUAGUUGCAGCUUCAGUUCAACAGAUUUAAAUGUAAUCAACUUUAGGACAUUGCAGUUUAGGAAGCAGUUAGGAUUUCAGUUUCUAAAUGUUCAGUGAGCUCUGUGCAAGUGAAUCUCAACUUCAACAGAGAGCCUGUUGAUUUCACUGGAGUUCUGUUCACCUAACAGGAUCACCACCCAAGUAAUGCUGGAAGCAGUAAGCUCAAGGACUGGGGGCUUAUGUAGCCAGACAUUUCAUUCCUGUCUCUCCAGGAAUUAAGAUUUUUCCACCUGAGGUUUCACAUGGCCUUUUAAUAUAGUUCCCCAACAGCAUUCAAGGAAAGUAUACCUUCUAUAAU